AUUAUAACAGUUAAACUAAAUUACACGUAAUUACACAAAAUAAUUACAACUAACUAAAUGAAAAUGAAACGUCUAGUUUUAAUAGUUAUAAUAUGCUAUCAACUAUAUAAUUUAAUCAAUGGUUUACGAGAGACUACACUAGACUAUCAUGAAUUGUACACCAAUUGUAACAAUCCUAACGUUUACCGUAUCUCCCGGACCGAGUCGGCCACCCGUCAGUCCAGUUGUCAACAAUUGAAUCCAUCGGUACCAACACUACGUGAUUAUAACCUAACCGACAACACAGGCAUACAAUCAAAAAUUGUCAUCACUUUUAAUCAAUACAAUGAUUAUACAACUAAUGAUAAGACAGUGAAAAUAUUGGCCUAUUUUGGACAUGUAUCUGAAGGUAGUGAGCAAUAUAUGGAUGCCUGGGUACUACUGGUUCGCAAAUAUGAUAAUCUAGACUAUUGGCAACAGUGUAGCCAAGAGCCGGGUCUAAUUAAUAUGUUUACAAUUGAAAACUAUAUAUAUUUUUAUAGACAAAAAUUUGGCGGUUCAAUACUAAAUUGUACUGGACCAAAUACAGAAAAUCUUAUACACUAUAGACCGGGACUAUUAUCGGACUAAAAAAAAUUUUAGUUUUUUAAUUUAUCAUCAUGCUAAUUUAUUUUAAUAAUAAUAA